UUUUUUUUCCUUUCUUCUUCCCCUCUCUCUUUUCCUCCUUUUUUCACUUUUUUAUUUUUAUUAUUUUCUUUCUCAUGCUUGACAUAUCUUCAACUUAUAAUCAUCUACCUCGUCAACUCAAGAACCAUUAUAUACUUGCUCGACAUGGUUUUUCAUUGGCCAACAAUGAUAAUUUGAUUUGCUCCAAUCCUGACAUUGCUAUUCCUUCCACCGGUGGUCCUCUAGGUACAGGUUAUGGUCUACAUGAAAAAGGAAAAGUUCAAGUGAAAGAGUCUGCUACUCUUUUAGCUCGUCAUCUGUUUCCUACUGGCUCUUAUCAAGGCAACAACAAAGAACCCGUCAAGAUAUUUUGUUCACCUUUCAAACGAACUAUGGAAACAGCUGCCAUCAUUCAAGAAACACUAAACCACCAAGUGACAUUCAACAAAGAUAACAUGGUACAGGAUCCUACACCUAACUUGCAACUUCGAGAGAGAUGGUUUGGUGAUUUUGAUAUGACCUCGGAUGACAAUUAUCAUAUUUGUUGGCAAGACGAUGGUUUGGCCCCAGAUCAUGGCGAACAUUCUAAACACAACGUCGAAUCCUGUACUGCUGUCUGUGAUCGUGCUACUCAGUUUAUCGUGGAUGAGAUUGAAGCUAAUAUGGAAGGCAAGAUCGUCAUCCUUGUGUGUCACGGUGAUAUCUGUCAGAUUACUGCUACCGCGUUUAUGCAUAUUGAACCUUGGAGGCAACGGGAAAUCAAGCAUGUUGAAACGGCCGAAUGGAGAGAUACAAAGGAACUUUAGAGGAAUGAUUUAGAUUACUCUUGUAGUGUAUAGAUCAUCUGUACUUUAUUAUUCUAGAUUAGCCGUUCGUAUAUUAGAGUUUAUAGAAUUAGAUGAAAUAAAGUUGUAUUAU